AUGGUUCCUAACGGACGCAGCUGUCGGCGGCAACCUUGCGGAGCAGGGGACCUAAUCUCUUGCCAGGAGAGGAAGCGAAGAUGCCGAGAGCACUUGACGGGACGGCCGCAGCCCGAUGUCGAGCGACGAUUGGAGCCCGAUGUCGAGAAACGUAACGACCGCCUCGGCGAUAAUCUCGAGCCUGAUAUAUCCAAAUCCACGUCGCUGGUGGUAACACAGCCGCCGGGCAGCUUACCAGCGCCAGGCGGCAAACAUAAACGCUUGCCCAACGCCACUGUCCAGACGUCUUCGGCUGGCGGUACCCCAAACCAAGACCAAUGCGACGAUAGGCCGGUCGGGAGUGGGUUUAAGCCAUAUCGCAAGCGCAAACACAGCAACCAGGAGCUUGCCACGGUCCUCGUCAGUGUGGCGAUGACAGGCUUACAGAAGCUGAAGCUGAAGUUGAAGCCGCCGGGGCAAGGAGAGCAGGACAAUGAGAUGCAGACUAUCAUCUCGCGCCGCAAGGAGUAUGUUGUGGGUGAUACAGAGCUAGAUGUCCUGCUGCAGGGGUUGGAGGCCGCAUUCGAGAAGCGUGGUUGCGUGGAAAAGGACAAUGCGAAUCCCAAGGUAUGGCACAAUUGGUAUUACUCCGCAUGUCUCCGGACGAUCCUGCACUGGAGAGGCAAGUGGAAGAACGAUCGCCGAACCAAAAGCGUGGGGCUCUUGCAUCAAAUUGUGAACAAGAUCUCUGUAAGCCGGGGGGCCAAGGCGUUGAUGGUGAUCCAGGCCUACGCAGAAGAAGACCACCGCCUCUCCGCUCCUUCGCGUGCGAACGCGCAAGAUCAGGAUGAAAUCAGCAAUCUCGUCGUUGAGGCUCUGCGCCCUAUAAUGGAGCAUGAAGAGCAGAAGGAAGGUCUGGUGCCAUUUCCCGCCGCCUGGAUCAGCCGUGUCACUGGAAUCAGCGCUGUGGUCCGCGUUCAUGGAGAUGGCACCACAGUUGCGCACGGAUAUCGAGGCAUGUCCUCCCACCAACUGGGACCAACUGACGGAGGCAAGCAAGUUCUCAUGGGUGGUGAGUAG